AUGCCGAUGUCUAGUCUUAACGUUGUGGAAUGGUCCGCAGACCAGGUGGCGGACUGGCUUACAGGGCUGGGGCCGACGGUGGCACGCUAUGUGCCGAUACUGCGGGACCGCGGCCUCGACGGGCCCAAGCUACUAGCACUGCGAUGUGACGACCUCGAGUACCUGGGCAUGCACAUCAUAGGUCACCAAGAACUACUGCUAGAAGCUGUAGAACACCUCAGAAACUUUCAAUAUGAGGUGUCUCGAGAGUGUGUGCAACAAUUGGCUCUGCGUGUGUCGGUUGUGGCUACUACGCUGACUCGAGCUCUGCGCCACCACUCUGAUAAACGCCUUGAGACACAGACACUUGCUGAUGUAGCCCGCACUGUGCACGCUGUUAAACCACUUGUGUGCUGGCUCGACAGGCUGUGCGCGAGCGGUGCGGGGGGCGUGGCGGGCGCGGGGGCGGCGGGCGCGCUGGCCGAGCGCCGCGCCGUGCUGCUGAAGCUGUCGCUGGAGGCGGCCACGUCGGCCAUGCGCGACCGCUUCGCCGAGCAGCCCGCGCGCGCCGUGGCCGCCGCCGCCGCCGCCACCGCCACCACCGCCGACUACAUCAUACAGGACGUGUCGGACCCGAUGAUCCUGCAGCCGGCGUCGCUGGACACGGUGACGCUGCGACAGGGCGGCAAGGCGCUGGGCUUCGACGUGGUGCCGUCGUUCUGCGGCCACCACCAACUCGCCGACAUCCGCUUCGGGUCGCCCGCGCACGCUUCCGGCGCCGUGCACAUCGGGGAUGAAAUCGUACAGGUGGGGAGCCAGUGCGUGAUCGGGUGGAGCGGCGCGGCCGUGCUGCGCCUGUGCGCCGCGGUGGGCGCGGGUGGGGCGGGGAGCGGUGCGGGGGGCGGAGCGGGGGGCGAGCUGCCGCUGCGCGUGCGCCGGCGCGCCGCCCGCGCUCCGGCGGCGCUGGCCACGCCGCAGCUGCACCGCAUGCACCGCCUGCAGCGCUUCCGCCCGCCGCUGUACAUGUACGGCGACUUCCGCUGCGAGCUGAGCCCGCUGCCCGCGUCGCCCGUGGCGGCCCGCGCGCCGCCGGACCACGAGCGCGAGCGGGAGCGGGCGCCCGAGUCGCCGCCCGCCUCGUCCGACGAGAGCGAGCCGCUGUCGCCGCCCGCCUCGCCCACGCAGCUGCAUCUGCACUCGGACCACACCAGGAUGUACCCGCCCAAGCCUCGCGCGGCCGUGCAGCGCCGCCACACCAUCGGCGGCUCCAGCCCGCUCUACAAGCGCCCCCCGCACUCCAUCGAGCAGUUCUGGCAAGAGUUGAAGCAGCAACACUGGGGCCGCGAGGGCGGCAGCACCCGGAUAAGUCCCACCCCCGACGAUAUCGCGCUCUACGCCCGGGAUAAGGCCGUGUCCUACAGUACAGGUCUAGAGUUGUCUCCGCGACCACGCACGUGCUUGGGAGUAGUUCUCGACCGUCCCAGGCGGCCCUCCCGGAGCGAGGAGGACACCGCGUUGCCCCCCACCGGCGAGAAGAACCGGGGCAAACUGGACAAGGCCCACUCGACGCCCGCUUACGACUUCGACGCGAGCAUCGACGAGCCGGGCCCCCUGGCGGCUCAGACCAUCCCCGAGUCCCCGACGACCCCCACGGACCCCCCGGAGCUGAAGAAGUCCAUCACGGAGCGCGACCGCGAGCGCGUGCUGGAGACCAUCAACGUGGCCAUGCUCCAGCACCGCCGCCGCUCCGCCGCCUCCCCCCUCCGCGCCGACCCGCCCCCGCCCCCGCCCCCGCCCGCGCACAGAUUGCCUCGCAGCACCUCGUCCCGAGCUCCGGAGCCCCCCCCUCGGCCCGCCAUCCCCGCGCGCCCGUCGGCCCUAGGGUCGGGCGGGGCGGGGGGCGGGGCGGUGACGUCAGCCUUCCCGGUGCUGCGCGCCGUGCCGCGCGUGGACUCGCCCCCGACGCCCUCCUCGCCGCUCAAACCGCUGCGACCCAGCGACGUGCCACACUGGAAUCGACGCCCUCCUCGCCGCUCAAACCGCUGCGACCCAGCGACGUGCCACACUGGAAUCGACGCCCUCCUCGCCGCUCAAACCGCUGCGACCCAGCGACGUGCCACACGUGAGUCUAACGAUAUCACAUCUCUAGUGGAAUCGACGCCCUCCUCGCCGCUCAAACCGCUGCGACCCAGCGACGUGCCACACAUAUCGGUUCCCCUUCGUCACAUAACGAAGCACGAUAUUCGCGUGAUCCCCUCGGAGCGUCGCGAGAUGCCCGCCAUCAACAGCGAGCAGGAGGCGUCCACCCCCACGUCGUCCCUGCGGCGGCGCUCUCCCCAGGCGGGGUCCCCCGGCGGGGCCCCGCCCGCCUCCGACAUAGUGAUGGGAGCGCAUGUGCAUAACGACUCGACCCCUACGCGGGGCUCUGCCUUGUCCCCGCAGAGCGCCGUCAGGGAGCGGCGCAUGGUCCCGGCGCGUGCGCUGGCGGCGCGCGGCGCGCUGGGCGCGGUGUGGCAGCGCGUGCGGGCGCGCGCCGCGCAGCAGCCGCGCUGGGCGCGCCGACACCUGCUGCUCACGCACAACCUGCUCUACGCCUACCGCUCGCCCGAGUGCUCCAAGGCCGACUGCAUGAUCUACCUGGAGGGGUUCACGGUCUCCGCCGCGGGCGAGGUCAAGUCCCGCGCGCACGCCUUCAAGGUCUACCACACCGGAACCGCCUUCUACUUCGCCUGCGACACCAGAGACGCGAUGCUCGCCUGGAUACAGCUCAUCCAUCGAGCGACUCUCCUGCCCUCGCUGGCCACCAAUAUGGACGUAUCAAAGCAAUUCUCGGAGACAGAUUACUCCGAGACAGAGUCGGACGCAGAGAGUCCGCAGAAGGAGCGCGAGCGCGACAAGGAGAAGGACAAGUCCAAGUUCGGCUCGCUCAAGAAGCUCACCGUCAGGAUGCAGCGCAGCGAGUCACACGAGAACGUGCCGCACUCCUCCACCAGCCUCGACAGGAAGUACCUCAGGUUCUUCUCCAGGAACAAGACGAAAGAUGAAGAUAAGAACAAAAAUACCAAGCUGAAGCAGACAGGUGUCCCUAUACCAACCGAACACUACCGCAGCUACCGUAAAGUUCCCCUGGCGGAUCCCCCUUCGGCGCUGAGUCCCGCGCCCCCCCCUCAGGGCCUCAGCAGCGACUCGGACGGCAACAAGCCGCGGCGGUUGCCCAAGCCGAUCAACUACAUACACGCCUCGAACCCCAACUUGCUCGACUUCGACAAAAGUGAUUUUGUUACUAAGCCUAUGAUACACGUGCCGCCGAAGCCGAAACCGAAGACGGAGAAUUUGAUGGGGUUCGUCACUCUGGAGCAGUUCAUGCUGAAGAAGCAGGCGGAAGAGCGGCGCCAGAACAGAGACGUGCAGGCGCACCGUCCUACACCACAUCCUCAUCCCCACCAGCCCCUGCGCACCACCACCACAACCCACACGGCCGCCAGGCUCGAUCACAUCGUAGCGGAUGUGAUUUACGGCGAGGUGGGCCCCAGCGAGGGUCGGCGUGAUGAUAGUAAACCUGUGUCUGUGCGCGGGAAGGAUGGUUACGAGAAGCUGGUGUUCCGCGACGAGCCCGCCGCGCGCUGGAGGGACUCGCUGCGGAGGAACGACAAGGUGCACACGACGAGCGCUAGCGGGGGCGGGGGCGGGAGCGGGGGCGGGGGCGGGGCCGGGGGAGGGAGCGGGAGCGGGGCAGGGGGAGGGGGCGGGUUAGUGGGAGGGGGCGGUGGAGGGGAGGGCGAGCGACACGCGCCGCACCCGCUGGACAGCUGGAGCGGUAGUGCGGGCAGCGGCGGCGGCGGCUGGGGGGGGCGGCAGUACCCGCACCUGGUGUGCCCCCCCACCUUCCAGCCCGAGACCUACAGCCUCGCACGCCUGCCGCCGCGACGGAACGACUCCGACGCCUAG